AUGUCCUCCUUGUGGCGCCGAAUGAUUCCCCAACGCGUGGCCAACACCGGGUCGCAACUACGCGACCACCAAGCCAACGAGCGCACCUUUCUCUCCUGGACCCGGAUGGGCCUGGGCUUCGCCGCUAUGGCGCUAGCCCUCGGCCGCCUGGAUGCAGUCGACCGCAUGCUCACCUCCGCGCUGUCCAGCAGCAAAUUGAACCUGGUCGUCGGUUCGGAUAACGGCACAGCCACGGUCGCAGCCACUCCUGUGCAGUCAGGCGGUACCAGCCACAGCAACAGCCAAGAACAUUCAAGCAGUUUAUUAUUUUUCGACCACAAUGGCGGAUUCUCUGCCACGACUUUCUGUCAAGCCAUUAGUGUCUGGUCGUUCGGGUAUGGCAUUUUUCGAUAUCUGGCAGUGCGCAAGAGCUUGCUCAAGGGGCAGUUCACACCGGCCAUCUGGGGGCCUGUGCUUAUGACGUCUGGGUGUUUGGGGGUGUUUGGGACCAUGGGGAUGUGGGUUGAACAGAAGAAUGCGGCGAGGAUGUCGAAACAUUAUUCGUGA